AUGGAGGACGAGACGGAGAACGACCUGGUGGGGCUUGUUCUGUCAGAACUUGAAAUGUCCAGGGAGUAUAUUAGGGGCAAAUUUAAAGGCACAGAGAAGGGGGGCAAAGGAGAAACAGGAGGGAGGGAACAAACGGGGGGAGAACCCAGGGAGGUGUACAAAAACUACGAUAAGAUACUAACCAGCAUUGAGGACAAAAUUGCGUUUUAUAAAAAUCUGAGCGAGGUGGAAAGGGCAAAAGGGGGAAAAACCCGCACUGGGGAAACUAGCCAAAAUGGGGAGAACUUCCCCCCUGAGGAACGCUGCCAAAAGACGGCGAGGAGGGACAACUUUUUCGAAGAAUACGAAAAAAACAAAUCCAGUCUGCAGAAAAUGAAGAAGAAAACCAUCGCAGGGUACACAGCGGAAGGCAAUGCGAUAAUCAUAAACAAUGACAAAUUUUGCAAAACGUUUAGUAGCUACAAUUUCGCUAGUGAUCGGAAGAAUGGGCUGACAGGUGGGACUCUCCAAGGAGGGGACGACUUGAGCGAGCUCUCCUGCUCAAGCUCGAGCGUCGUUUCGCUACACAGUUUUGUGAAAAGUGAGAAGGCUAAACGGGUUAGAAGCAACAGGGAAGCGUACGUAAGGCAUAAAUAUCAUGACCACGCUUUUGUAAAUCAUAAGUUGUAUCCCUGUAGUGACUGCUCGUCCAGUUCAUUCAGCUGGUACAGCGACGAUUACGACGAUCUGUUCUACUACUCCAGUUUGUUGAAGGAGGACAAAAGGUUGCGAAGCCAAUGCGCGGGGGAAGCCGCAGGGGGGAAGGAGGCGGCGAAGGAGAGGGAGAAGGAGAGCGAGAAAAACAAUCAACCGUGUAACCAAAAAAGGAACGCAGACAAGCACAACUGGCAGCUCGAACGCGACGCCGCAAACGAAUCCCCCUUCUACAACUACAUCUAUUUCAGGUUCGCUGAAAAGGACAAACGGAAAGCCUACCCCGUCUUUGUAAACACCAUAAAUGGAAAAAAAAAAAUGUAUAAUUUAAAAAAAAUUUGCAGACUUACACAUAAAAAGAAUUACAACCCUGUUGAUGCAAAUAAGUAUGAACUAGAUGCCUCACUAUUCAGCUACAAAAAUUGUAAGUUCCUUCCAUCCGUUAAGAAUGAAACGAACAGGAAGGGAAGUCAGCUCGUGCAAAUGCACAGCGGCGAUGUGUUGAAGAGGAAGCACUUCGAUUCUGAUGAGAUAAACUACGCAAUAGACAAAAUUAUACAUCAGCUGGGAAGAAUCUCCAGCUCCGAAAAAGAAGACAAAGGAAAGUUCAACCACUCUGACCACUUCAACAACUUUCUUAAAAAAAAUAGGGAGUUCCUAAAGCGGGAAAACAAUUUUACCUUCCAGAAGUUGUGCGAAACGGAGAAGAUAAGGCUAAAAGUGAAGAUCAUCGGAACUGACGGGAGGGUAAUCAAAAACAAAAGCCUGGACAAUGUUCUAAUCAACAAGAACAAAACCUUCGGCGAUUUGGCCGCCCGCCUGGGACACUCGUUCAAGCUACCCAAGGACAAAAUAGAAAACAUCAAAAUGUACUUCGACGGGGAUUUAUGCGAUAAGGGCCUUACAUUUGAUAAUGAGGAACUGGGGCUGGAAGAUGGCUUCCAAAUAGACGUGAAGUUCCCCCUGUCAGACGAUAACGCUAAUAAGGAAGACGAGGCAAACCUCAGUGAUGACAACUAUGUGCUCUACCUACCCGACUCGUACGUCAUAGAUUAG